UGGAGCCAGAGUUCAAGUACGUGGGCAACAUGCAUGGCAACGAAGUGCUCGGCCGUGAGCUGCUCAUUAAGUUCUCCCAGUUUCUCUGCGAGGAGUAUCGAGCCGGAAACCAGCGGAUCACAAGGCUGAUCCAUGACACGCGCAUCCACAUCCUGCCCUCCAUGAACCCUGAUGGCUACGAGGUGGCUGCCAGACAGGGUCCAGAGUUCAACGGCUACCUGGUGGGUCGAGGGAACUCCAGAGAAAUCGAUUUGAACCGGAACUUUCCAGACCUGAACGCACUCAUGUACUACUAUGAGAAGACCAACGGACGAAACCACCACCUGCCCCUGCCGGACAACUGGGAGCAACAGGUUGAACCAGAGACUUUGGCUGUCAUAAAAUGGAUGCAAAACUACAAUUUUGUCCUGUCAGCCAACCUCCACGGAGGAGCUGUGGUAGCCAACUACCCCUUCGACAAGUCGAGAGAUCCUCGCAUUCGAGGGAGGAACACAUAUGCAGCCACUCCGGAUGACAAAAUCUUCAGAAAGUUGGCCAGGACCUACUCGUACGCUCACAGCUGGAUGCACAAGGGUUGGAACUGUGGGGACUUCUUUGAUGAGGGUAUCACCAACGGGGCCAGCUGGUAUUCUCUGUCCAAAGGCAUGCAGGACUUCAACUACUUGUACAGCAACUGUUUUGAGAUUACCUUGGAGCUGAGCUGUGAUAAGUUUCCUCCGGCAUCAGCACUGCCCAGAGAAUGGCUGGGCAACCGAGAAGCACUGGUUUCAUACCUUGAACAGGUGCACCAUGGGAUAAAAGGCAUGGUGUAUGAUGAAAACAACAACCCUAUCGGCAACGCUGAGAUCUCAGUGGCUGGCAUCUACCACGAUGUGACCUGCGGACUGGAUGGCGACUAUUUCAGACUUCUGUUACCGGGUACCUACACAGUGACAGCAUCUGCCCCAGGUUACGUCGCCUCCACCAGCACUGUCACAGUGGGACCAGCUGAAGCCAUACAGCUUCAUUUUUACUUGAAAACGGCACCAAAACAAAACCUGAAAGUGAAGCCCCACAACGGCAAGAAGAACUUCUCGUCUCCCAAGGCCCCCUUAAAACUCGGCCCUAGAUGAGGCAUGGACAAUAAUUUAGACAACACACAAACGUAUAUCACGUACUGAAAAUCCCAUGUAAAACCUACACACAUUCACACACAUACACAUACAAAUUAUGGAAAUAAUAACUGACCAUAAUAUACCCAUGUAUGUAAUUUUACCUUUGUAGUCCUAUGAGUAUGUUUUAUGUUUUUGUUUGUGUUUUUUGUUGAUAAAUAUAAACUGUGUGUCUGUAUUAAGGAAAUGUUGCAAUGGUGUAUUUAUGUAACAGUUGUAUGAACACAGCUAUCCUGUAUUUGUAAAGGACUUUUUUGGAUUUUGAUUAUUAUAAUUUGAUGAAAAUUGAAAGUGAAAAUAAAAGGAUGUUUUUGCUGUCAAGACUUCCCAUCUCUGUAAA